AGCAGAAAAGAAAGGUUCACUGCAUUGCAGCAAGGGCGUUGAAUAAAGCCAGUUCCAGCAAAAAAUAUUCGUUAAGAAAUUCAGUGAACAUUACAGCAAAAGAUAUGUCGGGAGCAAGAGCGCUGCUGAUUGUUCUGUCCAUUUUCCUGAUAUCGAAGUCAGAUGCUUCUAUAGCUCAAUCAGGUUCACCGAGAACUACAAUGGAAACCGUUACGGAAGGACUACAGGAAAUGGCAAAAUCCACCAGUAGUGCAAUUGGCGGGAAAUUAGCGGAGAAUCUACUUGAGUACUUCUUACCCAGCAACUCAUUUAUGAUUAUGGUGACCAACAACAUGAAGCACACCCAUAUGAUCAAUCCGACGAUUUAUUUGGACAACGGAAAAACAUCUACACCUCCACCGUUCCGGCUACUCGCUGCCCAAAAUGAGGGUUCAGGAAAAUCCCACCUUGUCAUUUUUCAUGAAGGCCCAAAAGGUGUCCUGUGCUACCAUGGCGUGUCUAACGAAUAUAAAUUAAAGGAAGCUUUGUGCGUGCUAUUCGACGCAACAAAUGGAAAAUAUAGUGUUGUUAGAGAAAGGAAUAAGUCGUAUUCAACCAAGAAAGAAGCAAAAAAAUUAUUUAAAAAGACGUCCAUACAAGCGCACAAAGGGGGGUUCCUGUUUGAAUCGAAUACAUACACUCAGAUAACCACAGGUGCCAAUAAGCAAUUAUAUUUCGAGGUCCUUGAUAAUCCGUUAAUGGAUGACAUCGCUACGCCUGAAAAACGAGAACUUUUCACUCUGGGGAUGCUAGGAGCAUCAUUCGGUAUUGGAAUUGUUAAAACACUUGGAUCCUACAUAACCAAUAAAUUGAUAAAAGGUGUUGGAAAAACUUUGACGAUAGAAAAUGUUUCGUCAAAUCCUUCAAUCGUUUUAAAAAGUCCAAGAUGGGUCAAGAAUGGUGUCAACAUACUAGAUAUUAUACCUCGGAGCCUUUCAUCGAAAAUGUCCUGUGAAGUAAAACUUGAGGCACCAUUUCUUGGCGGCGACAGCUUCGCCGGCCAUUUUAAAAAAUCAUUCAUUGUUUUGUCAUUUUUAAUCGAUGGAACAAACUAUCGUCUUAUAUUGCUUUUGUCGAAUAAACUCAAUUCGCACACAGUCUUUUUGGAUGAAACCCCAAAAGUGGAAAAAGAGCUUGAUUAUCAUCUUAAAAAAUUCCGCGAACCAGUGAAUGCAAGAUCAGUUGUAGAAACUGAAGAGUUCCAAAGUCAUACUUUUUGGCAUUUUCCAAUCCUCGAUGCUGAUAAAGAAAAUGUUGAAAAGUUCGUUCAUGUUGUAACAAGCCUGGGAAACGCAGACAAUAGUGCAAUGACGAUGAAGGUUUAUGCAACAAAUGCCCCUGGGGAUGUCUCUCCACCAAGCGGUAAUGAUAUGGUUUUGCCCAAAGUAUAUAGUGGACAACCUGAUGAGAUUAUUCCCGAGGUUGAGGAAGAAUGAUUAAACGCGUUGCAUAAAAAUACGAAUUAUCACAAUGGAUUAGACAAAAUGUUAAGCAGAUUGAAUAUGGGAGUAGUAAAUAUGCAAAAAAAGUAGAUAUAUACCCGCGUCUAAACUCUAAAGUAAUUAUACCACGUGGUCUUCCGAAUGAGAUUCCACCGGCAUAUAUAACGUAACUACGGAGUGUUGAUGAGAAAGGCUUGUAGCUAUAUAUGAAAUGUUGACACUCACGUAUGCAUUUUCUAAUACACAAAUGAAAUAAAUAAAAGAGGGGAAAUUAUAUUAAAUGAAUUAGAUUGGAACCCAAUAUGCAUUGGCCGUUUGUUCUAACGCAGUAUUUAGCUAACGUAUAAAUUAUAA